AUGGCAGACAGCCCGGACCACGACAUGCUCGUCAUGCAGCUCUUGGAGUUCGUGCCCAAUGCCACUCCCGAGCAGGCCACCCAGUACCUGUCCGCCAACAACUGGGACCUCGACGCCGCCGCCGCCUCGCUCAUGGCCGACGCCGACGAGGCCGACGACGACGCUGAGCAGUCGGCCCCCACAGCGGCUGCUCAGCCCUCGGCAUCCUCGUCCACCGCCGUCCCCCCGGGCUAUACCGGACCGCGUACCCUCGACGGCCGCCCUGCCCCCGGCUACUCCAGCUCCGCCACCCCCGCUGCCUCCUCCUCCUCAUCCGCGUCCAGAAACCCCCAGCCCAAGAAGAGAGGUCUCGCCACCCUGAGCUCGCUCGGCGGAGGAGGCCACGGUCAUGACCACGACGACGACGACAGCGAGGAUGAAGACGACGACCCCCGCGGCACUCGAGACACCUACGCUGGUGGCGAGAAAAGCGGCCUGGCUGUGCAGGACCCAAGCCAGCGGUCCAAUCCGCAGCGCAUCCUGGACGACUUGCUGGCCAAGGCGCGAUCACAAGCACCGCGGCCUGAAGCUGCUUCACCCACGAGCCCAUCCGCCCCGCCGUCGUUCCGCGGCGCCGGCCAGACCCUGGGGGGCGAGGGUGUGGCCAGCCGAACCAUCCCCGAUCCCUCGGGCCCUGCCCCCUCUGCUCCAGCAACCAAUGUCGCAGUCCAGGAGCGCACCUUGCACCUCUGGCGCGACGGCUUCAGUGUCGACGACGGUCCUCUCCGCCGCUUUGACGACCCAGAGAACGCCGACGCCCUGCGCAUGAUUCAGCAAGGUCGUGCCCCCGUCCACCUCAUGAACGUCAGAUACGACGAACCCCUGGAUGUCAAGCUGCAGCAGCACGACGAAAACUACCGCCCCUUGCCCAAGGUCUACAAGCCCUUCGGCGGCGAGGGUCGCAGACUAGGCAGCCCCGUACCUGGGGAUGGGAGCGCCGCAGCCGCCGCCUCUGCUGCUACCGCUGCUGUUUCCUCGUCCUCGCCCGCGCCGCCGCGGACUGCAGCAUCAUCCUCGUCGACGGCCACGCCCAGCGCCUCGACAAAUGUGGACGACUCGCAACCCACCAUCAUGAUUCGCAUCCAAAUGCCCGAUGGCACCCGACUCCCUGCGAGAUUCAAUACGACCCAGACCGUCAGUGACGUCUACCAAUUCAUCACACAGUCCUCGCCCGACCUGCGAGCAGGUGGCUGGGUUUUGGCCACGACCUUCCCCAACAAGGACCACGCUGACAAGUCGCUCGUCCUCGGUGACAUGCCCGAGUUUAAGAAGGGCGGCACUGCCAUGGUGAAGAAGACGUAG